UUGACUGUACGUGCGCUCAGGUUGCCAGAGAGUGUAGAAGCACCCAGGAAACUGGAAGCAAUGCCUGACACUGAAACAGCAAAGCCUCCGGACCGGCCUGCCUGCCCCAUAUGUUCUGGGGGUUUUGAAGACCCUGUAACCUUUAAAUGUGGCCACUGCUUCUGCAGGGGUUGCCUGGGUGAGACAUGGGACAAAGCGGAGAGCAAGGAUGUCACCAGCUGUCCACAGUGCCAGGACACGUCUCAGUUCAGAUCUCCCCCUGGGGAGAAUGGUCUGAUGAAUGGGACAGGGGAACACCAGGCAGAGACAGCGGAAGAGUCCAAUGGUGAAAAAACUCCGGAGGAGGAGAUGCAAGAGCCCGGAGAAGGAGAAGGAAAAGAGAAAGCGGAGGAGGUGGAGAGAGUGGAGGAGGAGGAGACCCUGGCGGCCCUGGGCCCCGAUGAUGUGGUGUGUGACUCCUGCAUCGAGACCCACUCCAGGGCUGUGAAGUCCUGCCUCACCUGCAUGGUCUCCUACUGCGAGAGCCACCUCCGGCCUCACCUGGAGAACGUCAAGUUCCAGAACCACCGGCUGGUGGAGCCGCUGAGGGACAUCGAGAGCCGGACCUGCGAGACCCACCGGCAGUCCCUGGACGUCUUCUGCCUGGCAGACAACUCCUGCCUCUGCCAGGGCUGCAUGGAGGAAGGGCACCGAGGGCACAAUACUGUGCCAGUAGGGGAUGCAAGAAAGCAGAUUGAGGAAGAAAUGCAGAAGAAAUGUGCAGAAAUGAUUAAAACUCUUACAGCUGCUGAGAAUGCCAUUAGCAAGCUAGAGACCAACACCAAAUCCAUCGAGAAUUCUGUGAAAGAUGUCAAGGCCACCAUUGAGGAGCAGUUUUCAGCCCUGGUUGAGGCAGUGGAGAAGGCCAAGAAGGAGGUGAAGGAGUUCCUGGUGAACGAGAAGAGCUCAGCUGUCAAACAGGCAGAGGGAAUCAAGGCCCACCUGGAGCAGAAGUGCACCGAACUGAAGAAAACACAGGUGCAAGUGGAGAAGCUGUCCAAGAAAAAGAAUGAUAUUGAUUUCCUCCAGGAUUACUGUGAAUGGAAACAGGGGGCACCCGAUGUUACCCUACCUGGCGUUUACAUUGGCCUCAUGGACCGUCUACCCAGCUUUAGUAGAGUUGUGAUUGAGUCCACAAAGGAGAUCUGUGGCCAGCUCCUGUCCACUUACAGGGACAAUCUCAAGGAGGUCUGCAAGAAUGAUAAAUGCAGCAUAAAAACCACAGUUCAUGCAAUAAUCCCACUUAAGCAUCAUAUUUCAAUGCCAGAGCCACAGACUCGGAGUGACUUCCUUAAAUAUACUUCCCCCAUGACCUUCGACCCAGACACAGCACACAGGUUCCUACGUCUCACAGAAGACAACAGGAAGGUGACCAACACCACACCCUGGCAGCACCCCUACAUGGACGUCCCCGAGCGAUUCGAGCACUGGCGUCAAGUGCUGGCGUCCGAGAGCUUCUACCUGGGUAGGCACUAUUUUGAGGCUGACAUCAGCGGAGAGGGAACCCACGUGGGGGUCACCUACAAGAGCAUCGACCGUAAAGGCCAGGAGAACAACAGCUGUAUCACGGGCAACGACUUCUCCUGGUGCCUGCAGUGGAACGCCAAGCAGUUCUCAGCCUGGCACAGCGACGUGGAGACGCCGCUCAAGGUGGAGAAGUUCACACGGAUCGGGGUCUACGUCGACUACUCCAGGGGCGUUCUGGGUUUCUACGGAGUCGCGGACACUAUGACUCUUAUCCACAAGUACAAGGCCAAGUUUCAAGAGCCCCUUUACCCUGCCUUCUGGCUGUCUAAGAAGGAGAACACGGUUCAGCUGGUUGGGCCUGGAGACGCACCUCCUCAGAAGACCCCUUCAGCCCCUCCCACACUUCCCACAAUUCCCACACUUUCAGCGCCCAAGUAACCCAGACUGCUGAAAGCACUGGCACAAAGUGCAUACUGCCUCCUGAGACUCAGACUCAAUAUCUCCCACCAGUGUGAAACCAAUACAAACGAUAUCUACAAAAUUGCAUUAAACUUAAUAGACUGUUGACUUCCACUGUGACAUGAGCCGGGCCUUCUUAGGACCGCUGCAUUCAUCUGUCUUACUGAGGGCUGGAAGGUGUUAAUCAUUGUGGCUGUGAACACCAGACAUGACUGAAGUACAAGGGUGGUUGUCAGAAAGCUGAGUCUUUUGCAAUCAGCCAUUCCAAACUGCAUGGCUAUACAAAAAAAUAAAAAAAUAAAUGAAUUCCAAAAUUUCAAAAAAAAAUGCGUGCUGUUUUUUUUUUUACUGUGUGACUCAAAAACGUUGUCCCUAGUUUAACAUAAAUCACACUUUAAAUCAACUAGUAUUUAAAAUAAAGGUAUUUGCAUUGAUCUGCUGUAUCUGUACCACAGUCAUCACACAACACAAACUUUUAGAAAAGUAUAUCUUCGUAUACAUAAGGGCAGACCCAAUUUAAUUUCCUCAUAGCAUAAGAGCAGUAGGCUUAAUUUACUGUAAGUCUAAACUAAAGUCUUGAUGAUUGUGAAAUCCAGAUGGAAUAGCUAUUAAUGCCUUUCACGGUGUGACUAGUAGUGUACAGCAGUGUAUUUCCUUGACUACAGCUAAAAUAAUUUAUAAGAAAAGAUGCUAUGAAAUUAUUUCAAUGAUUGAAAUUCCCAUGAUUCCCCUAGAGAGCGUGGUCUUAUUCACGGGCCUGUCACAAUAGCUGCUGUUUGUGUAGUGAAAGUAGCGUAGCGGUAAAAAUAGUGGUAGUGUGUUGUGACAGCAAAUAACACGUCAUGAUAUGCAGACAGCUUCCAGCAAGAGCUAAGUCACUUAUGACCCAGAACAACAACUUUACAGUGUACUAUGAAUCAGUGUUUUGGGUGUCUUAAGCAUCUCAGUAGUGACCCAUCUCUUAGUGUGGCUUACAGUUUCUUUAACGUCAAAUUUAUUUUUUAAUGUGCGGUUUUGUUCAUGUACAUAUUAAAUUCUGAUGUAAAUCGUGAUUGUAUUUUUCUUACCUCUGG